AUGAUUUCCGACAACGACCUCUACCGCCUUGCCAUCUUCCUUGGCUCAUGCGCCAUGAUGCUGAUUGUGUUCUACCACUUCCUCGAUGUCAAUGCCCACGAUGAUGAGGAGACCACUGCUCCUAAGCCUGUGUCCAUCCCCGCCGAUUCCACCGUGUCCUCAGACAAGCCGAGCGGAACCCCAUCCACAACAAAGGCGAAAUAA